AUGGCGACUAGAAAGAGCAGCAGGAGAACGAAACCUCCGAUAAAACUAAAAGAUUUCGUCGCGGAUGAUUUUGUAGCAGAAUCCACAACAUCUCAACAGAUGAGCGUAGCAGUCAAAUGCGAACUGAGUAAGGUUGAGUCUUUGAUAAAAGACCUUACUACAACAAGUUUUAAGGAAAAACAACCCACUGUAAACGACAGAGCGACCAAAGAUUUUCGAAACCGCGAUUUACAGCUUGAACUGGACCUUAUUACUCGCACCAAACUCGGGCUGUUGCAGCUACAGCGAGAGUCCACGCAACUAAGUGCUUCGAAGAUGGUCUCGGCGACCACUACAACAACACCUGAUGAUAAUUUGGUCGCAAAAACAACCUUGAAAAGUCUCCAGCAAGACCUAGUUGUCCAAUCCGAGCGCAAAUCUCUCAUGGAUUCCUUAGGAGACCCCAUCUUACUGGGUUUAACCGAAGAGGAACAAGACCCAGCGCAACCGCUGUUAAAGCCCUUUGCUUUAACACUUAGCACUACACGGGGUUAA